UGUGGCCUCUCUCUGAUUCUGCUCUCCCCACUUUUUACCUCCCCUGCGAAAUGCAAUUUCUGCGGCAUUUCUUGUCGGCGGCGAGAAUUAUCGAGACCUAAAAACUUUUUUUUUUUUUUUGAAACUUCACUCUCCUUCUGAGGUUUGAGAGAAACCGUAACACUAAUGGCGGCCAUCCCUUCUGUCUCCUUCCCUGCUUUGGGGCAAGUUUCUUGGAUGAAACCGGGUCUCUUCUCGACUCGCUUCUCGGUGUCUCCUCGAUUCAGAGGGUUUAGGUUCACAACUUCUAUUUCGAGUUCCCAAGCGAUUGUUUUCAGCGCUGCGGCUCCGUCCGGUGUUCCUCCUACUGUUGCUGAAACAAAAUACAACUUCCUGAAGUCAUACAAGCGACCUAUCCCCAGCAUAUACAAUAAUGUAUUGCAAGAGCUUCUUGUGCAACAACAUUUAUUGAGGUACAAGAGAAACUAUCAAUAUGAUGCUGUCUUUGCGCUUGGCUUUGUCACAGUCUUUGAACAACUGAUGGAAGGGUAUCCUAGCGGCGAGGAUCGAGAUGCUAUUUUCAGAGCCUAUAUUGAAGCCCUUAGGGAGGAUCCGGAGCAAUACAGAAAGGAUGCAAAGAAGCUGGAAGAGUGGUCUCGGUUACAAAAUGCAAAUUCUUUAAUAGACUUUUCAUCAAGAGACGGAGAUGUUGAAAAUAUUCUGAAAGAUAUUUCCGAACGAGCCCAGGCUAAGGGAAACUUCAGUUAUAGUCGAUUCUUUGCAAUUGGGCUAUUUCGUCUCCUUGAACUAGCAAAUGCCACAGAACCAUCAGCAUUGGAAAAGCUUUGUGCAGCUUUGAAGAUAGACAAAAGAAGUGUUGAUAGGGACCUUGAUGUUUACCGCAACCUACUGUCUAAGUUGGUUCAGGCAAAAGAGCUUCUCAAGGAAUAUGUUGAUAGGGAAAAGAAGAAAAGGGAAGAAAGGUCGGGAUCUCAGAAAGCUAAUGAAGCUAUUACCAAAUGUAUAGGAGACUAUCAAUAUGUAAGAUGCUAACUCGUCCAAGUUAGCAACUUGCUCGAAGAAGCUGCAACCAAAAAGUAACUUUUGUAAGUCUUUUAAAGAGUACUCAUGUCAUGUUAUGUUUGACAUAUUGCUUAAUUAUUAUUAUUUUUUUUAAGUAAAAUGGGAUUACAGUGACAUAGUAUUUCACUUUGAUUAUCUUCGUGCUUUUAUUAUAUAUAUUUUUAUGUUGUUUUCAUUUGUAAUAUGUAAGAUGAUGAAUCUAAAAGCAUUAAUUAGAUUA